UCCGCUGGUGCUGUGUGAUGCUGGGCCUUUAGAUCUGGGUCUGACCGGCAACGCGGCAGCGGACGGGUUCGGAGGCGCUCCGUGUUGCGGCUGGCUGCUCUCCGAUCAGCUGCAUGUCGGCGGUUCCAGCGCCUUUUAUCUGCUGGGUUGGUGUUUGGCGUGUCUCGCUCUGCGGCUCAGAGCCGUUUAACAGGACCGGGCCGACGUCCCGGACCGGCACAGGCUCGGUAUGUCGGAUGAAGAUUCCCGUGCCAGCACCAGCUCUUCCUCCUCCUCAUCUUCCACUCAUCAUCAUCAGCAGCAGCAGCAGCAGCAGGACGUAAACCUCCCAAAGAAGAGAGAGAGCAAAGCCAGCAUGAGCAAGACCUCCAAGCUCCUGUCCACCAGCGCUAAAAGAAUUCAGAAGGAGUUGGCUGACAUCACACUGGACCCUCCGCCGAACUGCAGCGCCGGACCUAAAGGAGACAACAUCUAUGAGUGGAGGUCCACCAUCCUGGGCCCUCCAGGCUCCGUGUAUGAGGGGGGGGUGUUCUUCCUGGACAUCGCCUUCACACCAGACUACCCCUUCAAACCACCUAAGUGCUCUGUGUGUCCUCAGGUGACGUUCCGGACGAGGAUCUACCACUGCAACAUCAACAGCCAGGGGGUGAUCUGCCUGGACAUCCUGAAGGACAACUGGAGUCCCGCCCUCACCAUCUCCAAGGUCCUGCUGUCCAUCUGCUCCCUGCUCACUGACUGCAACCCUGCGGACCCUCUGGUGGGAAGCAUCGCCACGCAGUACACAACCAACAGACCCGAACACGACAGGAUAGCCAAACAGUGGACCAAACGCUACGCCACAUAAUCGCCAGAGCAUCCGCCGGUGGCACCACCUGUGGGGGGCGGGGGGGUUUGUAGCAAUGGGGGGGGGGGGUUACCUUGCAGCUGAAGUCUUAUCUCCAGGUAUUUUGUUGUUUGUUGUAUUUUAAAUUAUCUGCAGCCCGACUAGAGUGAAGGAGCAGUUCUACUGAAGCGGGUCGGGCCGGCUCCGGUCACAGAUGUGUCACCGCUUCCUGUUGGUGACGGCUUCUUCUCCUGCAGGCGAAGCCGUGUUUGACAUGUUUAGCUGUGGAUGGUUGUAAUUUGUGUUCUGUACUGAUGGAAAACUGUUCUGUUUCUCCCUUUAAAAGAAUUAAACGAGACCGAGUCGG